AUGUCAGUGAAUCAGCAAGAUCUAGAUCCAGAUAGUACUACAGAUGUGGAAGAUGUUGCCGAUGCUGAAGAAGAACUUAUUAAAAAAUGUGAAGAAAUGUGGAAAGACAUGGAAGAAUGUCAAAGCAAAUUAUCACUUACUGGAACUGAGACACUCACUGAUUCAAAUGUUCAGAAACUGAGACCUUCUGAAUCAGAAUCACAAGUGAUGAAGCCUCUCUCAUUAUUAAUUAUGCAAGUGAAAUGUUUGACUGCUGAACUUAGUCAGUGGCAAAAAGAAACUCCUGAAAUGAUUCCCCUGAAUGAAGAAAUUCUGGUAACAUUAGGAAAAGAAGAGUUCCAAAAAUUGAGACAUGAUCUUGAAUUGGUGCUAUCUACUAUUCAGGCAAAUAAUGAAAAAUUAAAGGAAGAUUUAGAAAGGGAGCAAAAAUGGUUGGAUGAACAGCAACAAAUAUUGGAAUCUCUUAAUGUAAUACAAAAUGAAUUGAAACAGCAGGUUGUGACAUUUUCUGAAUCAAGAGUUUUUAAUGAGCUGAAAACAAAAAUGAGUGAUGUAAAAGAAUAUAAGGAGAAACUCUUGGUUACCAUGGGUGAGUUUCUCGAAGACCAUUUUCCUCUGCCUGAUAGAAACGUUAAAAAGAAAAAGAAAAACAUUCAAGAAUCAACUGCACAGCUGAUAACACUGCAUGAUAUGUUAGAGAUUCUUUUAAAUAGAUUAUUUGGUGUUCCACAUGACCCAUAUGUCAAAAUUAGUGAUUCUUUUUGGCCACCUUAUAUUGAGCUGCUCCUGCGUAAUGGGAUUGCCUUGAGACAUCCAGAAGAUCCAACCCGAAUAAGAUUAGAAGCCUUCCAUCAGUAA